AUGUUCCUGAUCAUUUUAGGUCUGGUGUUUCUUGUGGGAAAUUUAGGAAAUGGAUUCAUAGCCUUGGUGAAUGGUGUGGACUGGGUCAGGAGGAGAAAGAUCUCUUUCACUGAUCUCAUUCUCACUACCCUGGCAAUUUCCAGAAUUGGGAUGCUUUCCUCCACAUUCUCGAGUUUGCUGAUAGGAACCCUAAAGCCGGGGUUGUGGAACAUGGAGAUAAUAUCAAGGACAAUCAUUUUAACGUGGGUUGUGACCAAUCAUUUCAGCAUCUGGCUUGCCACGAGCCUCAGCACCUUUUAUUUUUUCAAGAUAGCCAACUUCUCCAACUCCUUUUUCCUUUAUCUAAAGUGGAGAGUUCAAAGAGUGAUUUCCUUGAUGAUUCUGGGCUCUCUCGUCAUCUUGUGCAUCAAUGGUUUUCUGGUGAACACAGCUAUCAGCGAGUGGAUUGUUGAGUCCAAAAGAAACGCAUCUUCUAUUUCCGGUUCAGAGACUUCAGUACCGGUUUUCAAACGUUUUUUUAUCUGCAUCAUCCUUUUCCUUUGUAUACCAUUUGCCAUGUCCUUAAUAGCCUUCAUCCUGCUAAUCUUCUCUCUGUGGACACACUAUAAGAAGAUGCAGGACUGUGGCCGGGGUCUCCGAGAUGCCAGCACCACGGCCCAUGUAAGAGCCUUGCACACAGUGAUUGCCUUCCUCAUUCUGUAUAGCAUUUUUUUCUUCUGUCUCAUCAUACUGAUUUGGAACUAUAAAUUUCUGGAAACAGAUCGUACCAUUUGGCCAUCUGAAGUGGCUGUCAUUGCCUUUCCUUCAUUCCAUUCCUAUGUCUUAAUCUUGGGGAACAGCAAACUGAACUGGGCCUUCUUGGAUAUACUUCAGUGGCUUGGGUUCAGGCCCAGAGACCCAGGUACCCCCGGACCACUGAGAUGA